AUGCUCUCCUCUAUCCCCAAGACAGCCAUUCUACUGGCACUGGCAGCCUUUGUUGUUGCACAGCCGGUCAUCAAGGCCGACGUCGACAAGCGAGCACCGGAGGACGAGACCGUCAAGGAUAUCUACAUCUACGCUGGAGUUGGGUAUUCGAAGGACAUUGAGGCUGCUGACUCCGUUGAUGUCUUGGGCGAGUAG